AUGGGAAAACGAAAAUCCAUCAGAAAGCCCCUAUUAGAGACAGAUGAUAAUGAACAGGGUCUAACCUUUUGUGAAGAAGACGAAACGACGGAGAGAGAGUUGGUCACGAGUGAACAACAAACGGGACUGGAAGAAGCUUCCAGAGACCCCAACUCCCGACCCUCAGCCUCAAUACAGCUGCAGAGUCAGUGGUCCUGGUCUGGAAACAGCCACUGCCAACUGUGCCACCCAUGUUCUGGUGGAACUGAGGGACAUGGUGACAGGCCAGCCGUGCACCCACUCACAGACAGUCUCUGCCGAGCUCUUCUCACAGCUGGGCAACGAGGAGAAACACCACUCCCUGUUCUGGAGGAGACACAAGCCCCGAGUGGUCGUGGAGCAGAAGACAACUGCUACCUACUGUAUAUCUUUCACUGCAGUCUCCCGAGGACACCACAAGCUGCACAUAGCCAUCGCGGAGUUGAAGUCGGAGGGAGCCCGUGUGAUAUAACUGUGUAUCCCGACCCACAUCAGCUGAAAAAGCCAAUUGGUGAGAUUCCAAACCGGGCCAAUGUAUGGGGUACUGCAGUCAACAGUAGAGGACAGAUCAUAGCCAGUGACUUCACUAGAAACGAGGUGGUGACCAUGGACAAAGAGGGGGAGGUGAUAUCCAGCUUCGAUUGUAGGGGCCCGACAGGCAUCACUGUUGACAGUGAAGACAAUGUAUACGUGUCGUGUGUGGACCGCAUCGAAAAGUUUACCAGCGACGGCGCACACAUCAAAACAGUCGGAAAGAGUGGUCACAAGGAAGGAGAGUUUAUUUCCGCAGAAGGUCUUGCUUACCACAAGGGUCACAUCUACGUCUGUGACACACUCAACAAUCGCAUACAAGUCCUCGAUACGGACCUCAACUUCGUCAAGAUAAUAGGAUGUGAGGGAUCUGCCAACAUAGAGUUCAGCCACCCGUGGGACAUUGAGUUUGACUCGGCCGGCAGAGCCUACAUUGCAGACAAGAACAACGACCGGGUCCAGGUGAUUGACGUCAAACGAGGGGGGUUCCUCAAGGUGAUUGGGCACAGUGGGAAGCUGAGUCGACCCACCGGUGUCACUGUGGUUGGGGAAUUUGUGUACGUGUCAGAUGACCAGCACAGCAGGGUGGCUGUGUUCAGAGCCGUGACUGGAGAAUUUGUAACCUCGUUUGGCGGUCACUCUGAUGGAAAAGGGAAGAAGUACAAAGGGCCGUUCAGAAUUUGCAGUGGCAAAGGCCAACACUGUUUCAUCUACGUAUUUGAUACUGUGUCUUCCCACAUCUUUUAA